AUACUUUUUAUUACAUGAUUUAUUACCAAAUGGCCCUUGUACGGCACUCUCAAGUUUUGUUUAUAAAUCUUCUUCGACCUAGCCAUGUAUCUAAAACUCGAUUAACAUUAAGUGCAAUGAAAACUCGUUGUCCCAACGCCAUAAAGCAAGAAAGUUCUUUCACUCUAGCUUGCCCAGUACCCAUUUCUAAUGCAGCAAGACAGGCUGUGAGAGUAAAUCGGUUAGCGUUUACUCGAAGCGUAGCGGCUACUUCCUUGGCGUCUACCGGGAGAGAGUGUUUUCAGUUUCACAGACUUUUAAGUACUUCAACUUCUAAAGGUCGUUGGCGAGACUUUUCGUGCAGAUGUCUUAAAGGUAAAUGAGCUUGCUCACCCAUUUAGCACGUGCUAAAGGCUGGACUUUUCUCUAAAGUAAACCCUAUUUUUGAGUUACAAGUUUCAAAUGAAACUUUCGAUAGUUCAAGACGAGUGACGCGCUAUCAAUGCCGUGUGCUGUUUACUCCGAGUCAUAAUGAUGAGUCCUACGAUGGAAGGCUCAACGGAGUACAUCGAUUUUCUCGGAGCAAACGUAAAAACCGAGGAGUUAAUAAACUAUGUUGAUUACGAUGCUAUUGUUAUUGUCGGGUGCUCACUCUGCCCUAAGUCUUUAGGGUCGGCAAGCGCAUUGGCCAACGCCAUUGCGGCUGUGAAGAGGAUCGAUUCUGAUUUUGAGAAGCAGGUUACGGUAGUUUCAAUCAAUGAAACACGCGUGGUCUACUCGCCAACGGGUCCCCUCAAUCGAGACCAGGAUGACGUUCGAGCAUUCUACGAGGCCGCACUCAAGGGCGUGAAACGAGCUCUAUUAGCUGGUGCCAAAAAGCCUCUGGUGUCGAUACCUGUCGGCCCUUUUAGUCAUUACAAUGACUUCAACGUUGAAUCAACAGUUGUGCUUGGAGCCCUCGAAGCGAUCUACGUACCACUGGAAAUUCGUGAGAACGUUCCAGAUCGUAAACGUAAGGUGGACCAGAUCGGAUUUCUAAAUUUUCAUGGGGGAACGACCCGUUUUUCUUAUCUCAUAGGCAUAGAAAAAGGCCGUACUGUCUAUAGAGAUAUUGGAGGUUCUGAUCCUGAGCGUAUGGCGCCGCCUAGAGUGGAAGAAUACAUAACGCAGCUUUUCGCUAACACGCCUGUCACUGUUAAGGUGAUAGCUAAUCGCGAACAGCUUGAGGCAAAUUAUCCCUGUUUAGCUGCCGUUGACCGAUGCGCAAGCCACGUGAAGCGUCACAAUGCCCGAAUGAUUUUGCUUGAAUACAACGAAGGGACUGCCGAAGAGGUUGUUGCUCUUAUUGGCAAGGGUGUGACCUUCGAUACCGGGGGUGCCGACAUCAAGGCUGGAGGUGUUAUGGUUGGAAUGCACCGUGAUAAGUGCGGCGCAGCCGCUGUUGCUGGCUUCUUCAAGAUCCUCGCAGUCACCAAGCCUAAAAAUCUCCGCGUCUUGGGAGCCAUGUGUAUGGUCAGGAACUCGGUCGGAUCGGAUAGUUACGUUGCUGAUGAACUGAUCACAUCGAGGGCCGGAGUUCGUGUCAGGAUUGGUAACACGGACGCCGAAGGUCGAAUGGCAAUGGUUGAUGCUUUAGCAGAGAUGAAGGAACGUAUUUUGGAGGCUGGUGUGUCUGCUAAAGCUCAUCUAUACACUAUUGCCACGCUAACUUCUCACGCUUGUAUCGCCGUUGGUGAGCCUUACUCGGUCACGCUAGACAACGGGCCGGCGAAAGCAAAAAAUUCAUCGCAGGCCCUGCAGACUGCAGGAGAGCAGAUUGCCGAUAUGUUUGAGAUUUCGACACUUCGUCGAGAGGACUUCUUAAUGGUCGAAGGCAAGUCCGAGUACGAAGAUGUUCUCCAGUGCAAUAACAAAAGUUCUGCGUCCACACCACGUGGACACCAAUUCCCAGCGGCUUUCCUGAUUCGUGUCGCCGGUCUUGAUGCGCAUGGGUGCGAUAGUGCAAAUCCCAUCGCGUAUUCGCAUCUAGACAUCGCCGCCUCUUCAGGGCCGUUCCCAGGAAUCCCAUCAGGAUCGCCUGUACCGGCGCUUGCCCAAAAAUAUAUCUACCCUAGGCUCUAAAUUAAUGUCUGCGACAUCUCAAGAACAGAAAACUAUGAUCAGAGAUUCUCGCAAACAGAAAUAAUGGCUGGAUUUUAUUAUCUAUAUGCGAGUUUUGAGUAAUAAAUUACUGUUUGAAGCGA